CGGUGGUUGGUCCAUGUGGAGCGUACAGGGGGAGGCAGUCGUGGUCCUCGGUAGCUAGCUAGUUCGAAUUCCCCCACACGGGCCGUAAACUACUCUGAACUUCACGCACACAUCAUCCGGGCAACAGCUUCUACUCAAUAUGAAAGGUAGCCGGAUCGAGCUGGGGGACGUCACACCUCACAACAUCAAACAGCUGCAGCGGCUGAACCAGGUGAUCUUCCCUGUCAGCUACAACCACAAGUUCUACAAGGACGUGCUGGAGGUGGGCGAGCUUGCCAAACUAGCGUACUUCAAUGACAUUGCUGUUGGAGCAGUGUGUUGUCGAGUGGACCACUCGCAGAACCAGAAACGGCUGUAUAUCAUGACCCUUGGCUGCCUGGCCCCCUACCGGAGACUGGGCAUAGGGACGAAGAUGCUGAACCAUGUGUUGAACAUCUGUGAGAAGGACGGCACCUUUGACAACAUCUAUCUCCAUGUGCAGAUCAGCAAUGAGUCCGCCAUCGACUUCUACCAGAAGUUUGGCUUUGAGAUCAUCGAGACGAAAAAGAACUACUACAAGAGAAUAGAGCCGGCCGACGCCCACGUCCUGCAGAAGGACCUGCGUAGUCUAUGUUCGCCCCCUGGUGGAGAGCUGCAGAAGGCCAACUAGGAGACACGGCAGGCCCUGCCCUCCAGACAGAGCACUGUCGCGCCCUGCCCCAAAUGGAGCUACGACGGACACCCGGGGUGUAAUCCCAAUGGUUCUGACCAGUUUACCUCCUUUAAGGGACGUGCGAAAAGAAAAAAAAUGCUGCAUAUCUGUUAAAAAAAAACAUGUUAUAAUGUUACGGUUUCUUUUAAUUUUUUCCUUUUUUCAUUUAGAGAUGUGAAAAUAAACAAAUGUGAUGAGUGCUAGAGCAAGCAGGCCGCAGCAUGCUGAAGGUCCUGUGUUUCUGUGUGAAAGGGUUGAAAAUGGUCAUUAAGGUCAGGGGAUACUAUAUCGUCAUUUAAUUGAUUAUAGUAACUACGAUGUCUGCUGACCUUAGUGUCACGCUCUGAAUUGCUAUGGCAACACUCAGGGCUCCGUCCCUCGAAGUCAAGGAAAUGAGAGGCAGACGACCAACAGGAAGAGAAUUGCACUGAUUUGAGACUUUCUUUAAUUUUAGCGUAAAGCAACAUGUCGGCAUAAUGCCGGAUGUUACGAUUUCUUGGUGACUUCAGUGUCACUGGUCUGUUCUGGUGUGAGUCCAGAAAGAGCAGUGAGCCAGUGCCCUCUAGGGGUGGGAUGUAUAACGGUUAUGGUAGGAGGAGGCAGCAUAGGUGGAAUGGGUAUAGAUGUGUGGAACUGAGUUCAAGACUACAUCUAAAGAGCAAAACUCCAUGCUUAAUGUUUUUAUCUCAAUGUCCAUUACUUACGUUACUUACUUCUUUAUUAAUUGUUCCUGGGGUUUGUCCAAAUGCUGCAGUUAUCAAUGCAAAUGGCACAUCAGGAGCAAGGAGUAUGGACAGAGUGAUACGAGAGGGUGGAGUGAGGAGAAGGAAGGAAUGAAAGAGGGAGGGCUUGGUGAAAGAGGGGGUGGAGCAGAGAGUCAGAGUGAGUGAGUGAGUGAUGGAAAGCUGUAGAAGAGAUGGCUUCAAGUUCUUUUCUAAAAUUGUGGCUUUUGGCACAAAGCUUACGCCAGAAUUGCAUUGAUUAUUUUCCACCAGUUACACCAGUGUAAAUAACAUUGCUGGUUGAAAGAACUUGUAUUUUGGUUUAGAGCUUAGAUUAUCUUUACCGGCCUGUUUAUUACCUAUGUAAAAACAAGCCAUUUUUGAAAAAUUGGAAGCCAUUUUGAGAUGUACUGAAACCACCUUGGUUUUGUUUGUCAGAAAUGACAGGGCAGAUAAUGGUUUGUGUAAGAAAUGCUGUUUGUGCAUGCUGGAUUUGUUUAUAGAUCCUCUAAGCCAGAGGUCAAAGGUCAUACGGUUUUAGUAUACUUCAGCAGAAGCUCUGGCACUCUCAGCCAGGCUGUCCCGCUUGCCCCAUUGCAAUAAAAUCAUGUUUUUCUCGCUUGGAGGAAUUUCAUCUGUU